CCUGGGGGACGUGAGGAAGGUCCUGGUGAUUUUGGAAAGAUCCUGGGGGAUGUUGGGAGGGCCCUGGGGGUUGUGGGGAGGUCUUAGGGGGCUUUGGGGAAGGUCCUGGGGGUGAUGAGACGGUUCUGCAGGCCAUGGGGAGGAUCCUGGAGGAUAUGGGGAAGGUCCUAGGGAUUGUGGAAGGGGCACUGGGGAAGGUCCUGCUGGUUUUGGAAAGGUCCUGGGGGCACUGGGAGGGUCCUGGAGGCCAUGGGGAAGGGUCCUGGGAAUGUGGGAAAGCUCCUGGAGGCACUUGGGAAGGUCCAGGGGGAUGUGGGGAAAGUCUCUCUCUGUCUCCAGCACAUCCAUUGGCUUUUUUUUUUUUUUUUUUUUUUAGCAAAACAAGGAGAAUGAACUCCCUUUUUUCAUCUUUCUUCAGCAUAACAGGUUCAAACCUGGAUUUCUGGAUCCAGAAACGUGGGAUUUUAUUGUGAAGAAGAAAAUAUCCUCCUUUUUUGCAGGAAUCUGGUGGACAGGCCUCACCUGAGCCAUGGCCACACGUCUCAGAUCGGCUGGCAGGAGGUGCACUGUGAUCGGGGGCUCGGGGUUCCUGGGGCGGCACAUGGUGGAGCAGCUCCUGGACAGGGGUUACUCCGUCAACGUCUUCGACAUCCAGCAGAGCUUCGAGAGCGACCGAGUGAAGUUCUUCCUGGGGGACCUCUGUGACAAGGAGGCUCUGCUCCCAGCUUUGCAAGGUGUGUCCGUGGCCUUUCACUGUGCAUCCCCAGCACCUUCCAGUGAGAACAGGGAACUGUUUUACAAGGUGAAUUUUAUGGGAACCAAAGCAGUCAUUGAGGCCUGCAAAGAAGCUGGAGUGCAGGAAGUGCUCAGUGCAAACGAUCCAGACAACAAUUUCCUCACCGUUGCCAUUCGGCCCCACGGAAUAUUCGGUCCCAGAGACCCUCAGCUGGUUCCCAUCCUCAUCCAGGCAGCCAAGAGGGGCAAGAUGAAGUUCAUCAUUGGGGAUGGAAAGAACCUGGUGGACUUCACCUAUGUGGAAAACGUGGUCCAUGGGCACAUCCUGGCUGCAGAAAAGCUGCAGAAAGGCUCUCCCCUGUGUGGGAAGGCCUUUCACAUCACCAACGAUGAGCCAGUUCCCUUCUGGGCCUUCAUGUCCCGCAUCUUGACCGGCUUGGACUACGACCCUCCCAAGUACCACAUCCCCUACUGGCUGGCCUAUUACCUGGCCCUGCUGCUGGCCCUGCUGCUGGGGCUGCUCAGGCCCCUGGUGACCAUCAAGGCCACCUUCACCCCCAUGAGGGUGGCCCUGGCUGGGACAUUCCACUACUACAGCUGUGAGAGGGCCAAGAGGGACAUGGGGUACAGGCCUGUGGUGGGGCUGGAGGAGGCCAUAGCCAGGACCCUGCAGAGCUACCCCCACCUGCGCCGGGCCAGGGCCUGAGCAGCCCUGCAGGGACUCCUUCCAGCUUGAUUUUCCAUGAUUGCUGUGAUGUCUUGCCAUGGGCACUGAAGGAAAUGUCACCAAGUCCCAGGAACGGGGAGUUUUCCCCCUCCCCGAGUUCCUCCUCACCAUUACCUGGGCUGAAAAACCCUCACAUAGGAGCUGUUCUAACAGUUCUUUGAGGUGACUUCUUGUUUCGAGCCAGCUGCUGAACUCUCUGGACUGUGAAUAAACACUCUGCUGUGCCCUCUUCAGUCCCGAGGCAGCCCAUCAGCAUUCCUCCUCUCCUCUCCACCCUUGUCCCCAUGUUUUGUUGCUGUGGUGACAUCAGCCACCUCCUCUCAGAGCUGAGGAACCAAACCCUUCUCGUGGCUGGUCCCCUCUGGGCUUUGGCUUUGCUCUAGACAGGAGAAGCUCCUGGCAAAAAGCAGUUCUGCCACCGGCUCUGGAAUCGUUGCAGCUCAUUUGGUUUUCUCUCUGUGAUUAGUGGGUGAUUUGGCUUCUUCCUGAAGGAAACCUGAGGAAAGGCCUCUCUUUGUUCCUUUGGUCCUGCAGGAGCCUAUUUCUGUUCCAAGAAGAACUUAAAUAAAUCACAAAGAGAUGACUUCCUA